AUGUCAACCACACUUUCCGAUCAUCAAGACACGACACUUGAACGGAUUUUAUUGAUCACAAAUUUUGUGGUGGAGCUUCCAUCGGCGGUGCUCGAUCAGCUCUCUUCAGUUCACAAACCUCGCUAUGCACUGAUCAGCAUGAUCAUGUCUUUCAUAAUCAUGCUCAUCUCAGUUCUUGAUUUUUUCCGAAUGGGUCGACGACAAAGAGUCAAAUGGAUGAAAAGAGACAAGAUCAUACCUUGGUUUUACUCCCAAGGUCCAAGUUUCAAGCCACUGGGGACAUUUGCCGAUGUUGUCGGAUUAAUUUGUAGCAUCUUCCAAUGUGUUUCUGCAGCAGUUGCUUAUGAGUUUCUGUCUCAUAAAUCUGAUAAUCCUAUCAAAAUCUCUGUUUGGCCAUUGAUCUUUGCUUUUGGUGUAUUACUUACUAGAUUUCCAAGGAAUCAUCGGUCGGAAAUUCACCUGGAGAAUCCUGCUCAGAGAAACCUCCGUGAGCUGCAAGAUUCUGAAACUUCAUUAUACUAUGGAGAUAAGAAGAAAGACAGGAAAUAUUCCGAGAAAAUUAAGAAGGCCAAGAGGAAGAAGCGUGAGGAAUUAGCAAGGUUAAAGGAGCUUCAUACGCUAAAGGGGCAAGUUGAAUCAGUGGCAGAACUCAGGGAGCUUGAGAUUGACUCUGAUGAACAGUACUAUUCUAUUUGA